CGCCUCCGCCUCCGCCUCCGCCUCCGCCUCCGCUUACCCUUGAUGCACAGCUUCCGCCUCCCCACGCCUGGCGCGUACAUGCAUAAGGGCGUGAAUCCCAAGAUGCCAUGGCGCCUCCAUUGUAUCUGACGACGGUUUGUCGCCGGGUCGCCUCUUCCACCAGCCAUACUAGUCGCCUGAACGCUUCUAUUGUCCGUCAGGAAUUUCGGUCUUCUGCGAUUUCCGCGCCGUCUGUGAUUCCUUCUGGUUCUUCGUCUGUCGUCGGUUCCACCCGGCCCAGCUCGGGAAUUUUUGCUCAGGCGAAAUUCUUGUCUUUUCUCGUCAGCCGUCCGUCAAAUUGUCCGUCAACUCCAGGCGGCACCUCGCCGCUAGACCCGCCAAUUUCAUCAGCAGCUGGAUCUACGUGCCUGGUUUCUCCAUCUUUCCCCUUUUCCUUGUUCCGAAGACUCAUGGCGGCCACGGCUGGACAGGUCAUCCGAUGCAAGGCGGCUGUGGCUUGGGGACCGAACAAGCCCCUGGUGAUCGAGGAGGUAGACGUGGCCCCGCCCCAGGCGGGCGAGGUGCGCAUCCGCGUCACCCACACGGCGCUGUGCCACACUGACGCAUACACGCUCGACGGCCAUGACCCCGAGGGGCUCUUCCCCUGCAUUCUCGGCCACGAGGCCGCUGGCAUAGUGGAGAGUGUAGGCGAGGGCGUGACAGACGUGCAGCCGGGCGACCACGUCAUCCCAUGCUACCAGGCUGAGUGCCGCGAGUGCAAGUUCUGCAAGUCGGGGAAGACCAACCUCUGCGGCAAGGUUCGCCCUGCCACAGGUCGCGGCGUGAUGCUGGCAGACGGCAAGCCGCGCUUCUCGGUGCGCGGCGAGCCCAUCUACCACUUCAUGGGCACGAGCACCUUCAGCGAGUACACCGUGGUGCACGACGUGUCCGUGGCGAAGGUCAACCCCCAUGCGCCGCUCAGCAAAGUCUGUCUGCUGGGCUGCGGCAUCCCCACUGGCCUGGGAGCGGUGUGGAAUGCUGCUAAGGUCGAGCCCGGCUCAACGGUCGCUAUUUUUGGGCUAGGCACUGUCGGUCUCGCGGUGGCGGAGGGUGCAAAGGCGGCCAAGGCAUCUCGCAUCAUUGGGGUUGAUAUUGACCCUUCCAAGUUCGACACAGCCAAGGACUUUGGCGUCACCGAGUUUGUGAACCCCAAGGACCACAGCAAGCCCGUUCAAGAAGUGAUUGUGGAUCUCACAGAUGGCGGUGUGGACUACAGCUUCGAGUGCAUCGGAAACGUCAACGUGAUGCGAUCGGCCCUGGAGUGCUGCCACAAGGGGUGGGGCGAGUCGGUCAUUAUCGGCGUGGCAGCGGCGGGGCAGGAGAUCUCCACUCGCCCCUUCCAGCUGGUGACAGGAAGGGUGUGGCGCGGCACGGCGUUCGGGGGGUUCAAGAGCCGCACGCAAGUGCCGGAGCUGGUGGAGAAAUAUAUGAACAAGGAGAUCAAGGUGGAUGAGUACAUCACGCACAACCUGCCCCUGUCGAAGAUCAACGAGGCCUUUGACCUGCUGCACGGGGGCAAGUGCCUGCGAGCCGUGAUCCACAUGGAAGAGGAGGAGGGCAAGUGACGUGCUGUCUGUGGAAAGAUUUUUGAGGCGCCUCAAAAGCCGCCAUCCACAUGGAAGAGGAGAACAAGUGAUGUGCUGUCUGUGGACAGGGACUACAUUGGUGGCUUCAGUGGUGUUGAGAAGGCUUCAAGGCAACCUGCCCCUCUCCAGGAUCACUGCCACCACUGAGGCCUUUGACCUGCUGCACGGGGGCAAGUGCCUGCGUGCCGCCAUCCACAUGGAAGAAGAGGGCAAGUGACGUGCUGUGGGAAGGGAGGGCUAUACCAGUGCGAGGGUACUGCAGAGCGGGGUUUAGAGCCAUGUCCCGAUAGCUAGGAAGAAAGAGGGGGUUGACCUGCUGCAUAGGUGGGAGUGGCUGGGCCAUCCCCCAUCCCGCUGCAAGUUGUGAUUCACGUAGUGACUGAUGGGCGUUGUGCACAGAACUUAUCAUACCAUGCCAUUCUCUGCUUGACUCGUUGCUGGUUGAAUUCCUUUCCCCGUACCUUUGAAGGCUUUGCCUACCGCGCUGGACUCUGUUCUUCAGACGUGAUGGCACGAAUGAUAUUGAUUACAGAUUUGAGGUGUA